AUGACACAAUUAAAUGCAAUUAACAAUACACCAUAUACAAAAAAAGCAUCAAGUUAUGUUAAUAUCAUAAAUGAAUUACGUCGAAUCGGUACUGACUCUACAGUCAGUUUACCGACAAUAGUUUUUUGCGGUAAUCAAUCCGCUGGAAAAAGUAGCUUGAUCGAAGCUAUUUCGGGAGUCAAGCUCCCAAGAUCUGAUGGCACUUGUACGAGAUGCGUAAUGGAAAUAAGACUUAGCGAAUAUGUAGAUGAGUGGAUGUGUCAAGUUUUUUUGCGUAAAGAGUAUGAUGAAAAUGAAAACAGACUCAAUCGACCAAUCGAAUCAAAAUUUGGUUCUUUAAUAAUUAAUCCCGAUGAUGUGGAAUUAAUGGCACGUAGGGCACAAAAAGCUCUAUUAAAUCCAAGAAAAAAUAGUGACAUAUAUUUUAAUUGGGAUUUUGGUAACAAGAAUUAUGAUGAUGAUUCUAAAUCAAAUGCUAUUAAAUUUACAAAAAACGUUGUAUGCAUUGAGAUAAAGGGACCCGAUGUCCCAAAUCUAAGUUUGAUUGAUUUGCCAGGGAUCAUAAGAUAUACUGAAAAAUCAGAAGAUGAAAAAUUUAUUGCACUAAUCGAAGAACUCGUUAAAGAAUACAUAGAGAAAGAAAAAUCUAUCAUUGUAGCAACAAUCUCAUGCAAAGAUGACAUUGAUAAUCAAGCCAUCGUUAGCUUAGCAAAAAAUGCUGAUAUCUCCGGCAUAAGAACACUCGGUGUUCUUACAAAACCUGAUACCAUUGAAGAGGGGACCCAUGAUAAAUGGUUAAAAAUAAUGAAAAAUGAAGCCCAUAAGCUCGAUUUAGGAUAUUUUGUGGUAAAAAAUCCGUCACAAAAACAUCUUAAUGACGGAAUUACUUUUGAGGAGGCUAGAGAAGAUGAAAUAAGUCUAGAAAAAAUUCCUGAAAAACUAAGUGAUAAUCCUAGCAUUGAGAUUUAUAGAAUGGCCAAACAAUGUUGCUCAAUAAUUAAAGCAAAAACUGCGUGUUCAAAUAAUCAAAUAGACUUAUGGCAGUCUAUUAAUAAAAAAUUUGAAUACUUCAAACAAGAACUUUAUUCAUCGAGACCGAUAUUCACCGUUGGCAAUAAUGAAACUGAAAUUGAUUUAUUAGACGAGUAUAUUAAAACAAAGGUUAUUGAAAAAACUUAUUCUAAUAAAUAUACUUAUAAUAAUAGCAUUAAUGAAUGCAAAGAAUUAACCACAAAAUACAUUGAUUUAAUCUAUCAAAUGCAAUCAUCCAAUCCAUUUACACUUGAUGAUAAAUCAAUAACUUCUCAAAAAUCAAUAUAUCUAAGUGCUUUUCACGAAGUUUUAAAACGUGAAAAUCAAGAACCUACAAGCACUUUAGAAAUUAUGGCAUUAGUCAUGGCCUAUUUCAAACUUGCACUUAAUCGUUACGUGGACAUUAUAGCCAUGACUAUCAUUCAUACUUUCAUUGACCAAUUCACUAAACAUAUUGAAGAAAGAAUGAUAGGAAUUUGCGUACUUGAUGGUAAAUACAAGUUAGAUGAACUGAUUAAGGAGGAUGACACUAUUAAGCAACAUAGAGAUUAUUUAACAAAUCUCGAGAAGAAUUUGAAAGAAA